AUGUCCUCGAGGUCCCGUCUUUCUUGCAAGCCUCGAGAAUGGCAAGAUUCGCUCCAGCCCCGUGACCAGCAUCAACGACGAAACCUAGCCCAAGCCGGAAGCAACAUCCGCGAAGCGAGCAAAGACGGUCCUGACGAACGCGCCGCAUCGAAGACGAGCAUCGUCCCGCUACACGUUGCGCUCUUACCACAUCGUCUCAACCAUGUGGGGGCUCCAGUCGGGCCCCGCCGACGAAGCCAGGGGAUCCGUCCACCAUUAUCACGGUCAGCGGCACAUCGCCGCCGGUUCUUGUCAACAAGCAGUGGACCAAGGCAUUCUCGAUCCACCCCCACUUUCCCCGAGGUCGUCGAAAGACCUAGCGCAGUCUCGUCGACCCACACUGGUGCAGGCGUCAUACGGCCUUCGCCCGCCCUCGACUCAGUUGUGGCGGGGGAAAAGGAGCAGCGGGACGGAACGUUUGCCGGCGCGGGUACGCGCGCGGGCGCAGCAGGGCUUGUUUUUGGCGGGACUCACGGACGAGCGGGUAUCUAG